AUUAUUACGCUCCAAUAGUUAAUGAGAAUCAAUUAAAAACAAAUUGUUUGGAAGUAUCCGAAUUUGAAUUCUUUUUGAAAUAAUUUUUAAUCAGAUUUCACUUAUCUUUCAAUCGAAUUCUAAAUCACCAGAGUCUCUUUCCCUACAAAUAGAAGAGUUAAAAACAAAACAAAAAUGUUAUAAAAGCAUCUUUAGGAGAUAUCCAUCUUACAAAAAUACUUUGUUUUUCAUCAUCCAUGUCAAAUUCAAUUACAUGCAUGGAGAAAAAGACAUGCAUUGCUAUGGUUCCUUCACCUGGAUUGAGCCAUUUGAUUCCACUAGUUGAGUUUGCUAAACUAUUACUCCAAAAUCACAAUGAAUACCAUAUCACAUUCCUCAUUCCCACACUUGGUCCACUAACUCCUUCCAUGCAAUCCAUCUUGAACACUCUUCCACCAAACAUGAACUUCAUUGUUCUUCCCCAAGUCAACAUUGAAGACCUUCCACAUAAUCUUGAUCCUGCAACACAGAUGAAACUCAUAGUGAAACACUCUAUUCCAUUUCUUUAUGAAGAAGUAAAAUCACUCCUUUCAAAAACUCGCCUAGUUGCUUUAGUUUUCAGCAUGUUUUCAACCGAUGCACAUGAUGUUGCGAAACAUUUCAACCUUUUAUCAUACCUUUUCUUUUCCUCAGGAGCUGUUUUAUUCUCUUUAUUUCUCACUAUUCCAAACCUUGAUGAAGCUGCAUCAACUCAGUUCUUAGGAUCAAGUUAUGAAACAGUAAAUAUUCCUGGUUUUUCUAUUCCUCUCCAUAUCAAAGAGCUUCCCGACCCGUUUAUCUGUGAAAGAUCAAGUGAUGCCUACAAAUCAAUUCUUGAUGUGUGUCAAAAAUUAUCAUUGUUUGAUGGUGUUAUUAUGAAUACUUUCACUGAUUUGGAACCGGAAGUCAUAAGGGUUCUUCAAGAUAGAGAGAAACCUAGUGUUUAUCCGGUUGGACCUAUGAUUAGGAAUGAGUCAAAUAAUGAAGCAAACAUGUCAAUGUGUUUAAGGUGGUUGGAAAAUCAACAACCAAGUUCUGUUCUUUUUGUCUCUUUUGGAAGUGGUGGAACACUCUCUCAAGAUCAACUCAACGAGUUAGCUUUUGGUCUAGAAUUGAGUGGUCACAAAUUCUUGUGGGUUGUGAGAGCUCCAAGUAAAAAUUCUAGUUCUGCCUAUUUUAGUGGACAAAACAAUGAUCCAUUAGAGUAUUUACCAAAUGGUUUUUUGGAAAGAACAAAAGAAAAUGGACUAGUAGUUGCAUCAUGGGCACCACAAGUUGAGAUUCUUGGUCAUGGAUCAAUUGGUGGGUUUUUAAGUCAUUGUGGUUGGAGUUCAACUUUGGAGAGUGUGGUUAACGGCGUGCCGUUGAUUGCAUGGCCAUUGUUUGCAGAGCAAAGGAUGAAUGCAAAAUUACUCACUGAUGUACUCAAAGUGGCAGUGAGGCCAAAGGUUGAUGAUGAAACUGGGAUUAUAAAACAAGAGGAAGUUGCCAAAGCUAUAAAAAGAAUCAUGAAAGGAGAUGAAAGCUUUGAAAUUAGAAAGAAAAUCAAAGAAUUGAGUGUUGGUGCUGCUACUGUGCUAAGUGAGCAUGGUUCUUCUAGGAAAGCACUUUCUUCUCUAGCCUUAAAGUGGCAACAAUAUACAUGUUGAGUAGCUUUAAGAAAUUAUUAAUAAUGUACUCAUCUAAAUUACAUUUUUCUUAUUGUUUCUUUUAUCAUUUAAAUAUAUUAUUUAAGGUAUUAAAGCUAUGUAAUAAUUUCUUACUUAUGUGAAUUUGAUGUCAAACAUUUUCAUUA